AUGUGUUCAUAUUUGAUGCAUAUCAGCAUACCGCAUAAGUUUUCUGUGUUCAAGGUGUUCUUUUCUGACCACAAAGUGAUAGAUAGAACGAACAAGGGAAACAAAACGGUACCGCAAUUGUCUGACGUUAGGGAUGCGGAUGAUAUAUUUAUCAGGGUAGCAUUAAUUGACUCAUCAUCACUGCUACCCUAA